UCCUCUCUCCUCUCUCCUCUCUCUCCCCUUGUUGAUAUAUAUAGAACAAGGACCCUGUCGGCAUACAUAGUAGUAAUCUUUGAUUCUCUUUCGCUUCCAUCCCUUUAGUUACUCUAGAACCUUCCUAUCCCCUCUGUCUUUCUGUUUCUCUCUCUAUCUUUCUAUGGCUUCCGCUUCCCAAGGUAGCCUCCUCCUCCAAAAACAGCUCAAAGAUCUUUGUAAAAAACCAGUUGAUGGGUUUUCGGCCGGGUUGGUAGAUGAAAGUAACCUAUUUGAAUGGAGCGUCACCAUUAUUGGGCCCCCAGAUACUUUAUAUGAUGGAGGUUUCUUUAAUGCCAUCAUGAGCUUCCCACAGAAUUACCCGCAAAGCCCUCCAACAGUGAGAUUUACCUCGGAGAUGUGGCAUCCUAAUGUUUACCCUGACGGGAAAGUCUGUAUUUCAAUUCUUCAUCCCCCUGGCGAUGACCCAAAUGGCUAUGAGCUUGCAAGUGAGCGCUGGUCACCUGUUCAUACGGUGGAGAGCAUAGUUUUGAGCAUUAUAUCAAUGCUUUCAAGUCCCAAUGAUGAGUCUCCCGCAAAUGUGGAAGCUGCAAAGGAUUGGAGAGAAAGAAGGGAAGAAUUUAAGAAGAAAGUGAGUCGUUGCGUGAGACGGUCACAAGAAAUGAUGUGAACUGGUUCCGUGGCAGCUGCAUGCUUCAACUCAUCUGCUGGGAGAAAGAAUAUGAUGUUUCACAGUUUGUUGAAUUGGCUUCCCUUGGGACUCUAUUGCUCCAUGUAGAACACCAUCAAGUUAAAUUUUUAUAUCCUUUGCCUGCGCUCGUGUCUUUUCUA